ACUUGUGUCUAUUACAUAAAACUGAGAGCAAAGUCAGCAGCAUGGGAGGGGGUAAUAAUCACAAACCGGACUGUAAACCUCUCUGGUCUCAUGUCCAAAGUGCACCCCGGAGCGAGCGCCGAGGCUGUAACAAAAGGCUGUUAUGAUCGCAGAAAGUGACAACAAGUCUAAUCGCCGCCAUGGAGGACAGUAAGGAGCCCGUGGAGCGGAGAGGGAGACUAACAGCAGUCCUGGCACUAGCUACUCUUAUCUCUGCGUUUGGGUCAUCCUUCCAGUAUGGAUAUAAUGUGGCUGUGGUCAACUCUCCAGCACCCUUCAUGCAACAGUUUUAUAACAAAACCUACACCGAUCGGUACAACGAACCGAUGGGGCAGAACCUCUUGACUCUCCUGUGGUCAGUGUCCGUGUCCAUGUACCCCCUCGGAGGCUUCUUCGGAUCUCUCAUGGUGGCUCCCCUGGUUAACAAGCUGGGCAGGAAGGGCACCCUCCUCUUCAACAACGUCUUCUCCAUCGUCCCAGCGAUCAUGAUGGGAGUCAGUGAGAUCUCCAAGUCCUAUGAGAUCAUAAUUGUAGCCAGAUUCAUAGUGGGGAUAUGUGCAGGUCUGUCGUCCAACGUGGUGCCGAUGUACCUGGGCGAGCUGGCGCCCAAAAACCUGAGAGGGGCCAUCGGCAUCGUCCCGCAGCUUUUCAUCACCGUCGGCAUCCUGGCUGCACAAGUGAUGGGCAUCAGAAACAUACUAGGCAACAGCACAGGCUGGACCAUCAUGCUCGGCUUGACUGGCAUUCCUGCUGCGAUGGAGCUGAUCCUCCUGCCCUUCUUCCCAGAGAGUCCCAGGUACACGCUCAUCCAGAAGGGCGACGAGAAGGGCAGCAGGAAGGCGCUGCAGCGUCUGCGCGGCUGGGAGGACGUGGACGCGGAGGUGGAGGAGAUGCAUCUGGAGGACCAGUCGGAGCAGGCCGAGGGCCGCCUGUCGGUCUUCUCCCUGCUGUCCCAGCGGUCUCUCCGCUGGCAGCUGGUCUCCAUCAUCAUUAUGAACAUGGGCCAGCAGCUGUCAGGGGUCAACGCGAUCUACUACUACGCAGACAGUAUUUACGGUUCUGCUGGAGUAAAUCAGAACGACGUCCAGUAUGUCACAGUGGGAACAGGGGCGGUGAACGUCUUCAUGACCAUAGCUGCUGUCUUCAUCGUGGAGUCCUCAGGCCGACGGCUGCUCCUCCUCCUGGGAUUUGGGAUCUGCUGCGGGGCCUGUGUGCUGCUGACUGUGGCCCUCAACUUCCAGGAAAACGUUUCAUGGAUGCCUUACGUCAGUAUCGCGUGUGUCAUCAUCUACGUCAUAGGACAUGCCAUCGGACCCAGUCCCAUCCCAAACGUGAUGACCACCGAGAUGUUCAGGCAGUCGGCCCGGCCAGCGGCCUUCAUGGUUGGAGGCUCGGUCCACUGGAUCUCCAACUUCACCGUUGGCCUCGUUUUUCCAUUUAUGGAGAGCGGACUAGGCCCCUACAGCUUCAUCAUUUUUUCCGCCAUCUGCCUAGUCACGCUGAUCUACAUCUGGAUGGUGGUGCCAGAGACCAAGAGCAAGACCUUCCUGGAGGUCUCCCUGAUGUUUGCCAAGAGGAACAAAGCCGAGAUCAAAGUCGGGGACAUGGAUCUGCCUCUGAAAGACAGCAAAGAGAGCCUGGAGGGUUCAGAGAAGCUCUCGACCUUCUGAGGAAAUGAAUGGGAGCAUUGAGAGGAGAGGAAAUAUUAGCUGCAGGAUGCAGUAAAGGACUUCAGUGUUUUGAUUUAGACUCUAUUCUUUACCUUUGCAGGGAUUCAGACUCGGACUGUUUGUUUUUGGCACGAUAUCUUUGAUCGUUCUCCUGCGCGUUAAAAACACCAUGAGCCGAUGCCCCUCCGGUUGUAGAAGUGUGAAUGUUGCACGAGUCAUUAAAGAAACCAAACCCUUUUCAUUUAGGUCUUUAUUUAUAAUGCAAAGACAUGAAUGCAUGGAUGGAUGAAGCUAUGACACACAUUCUCAGUACUGAACUGCAAGAGCCCGACAAGCAUUUUAUCCUUAAUAAACAUUUUUU